GUAAACAAAGAUGGCUGCGCCCAUUGGUUUCGGUAACUGGCAACAGUCUAUUGAUACUUUUUGUCAUUUAGUAGAAAAUACUGAUGAUUUUAAUUUGUUUCGAUCUUUGAAAUCAAACAAAGAACGUGUUGAAUUUAUAUUUCAUAGGCGCUUUUUGAAACAUGUCCAGUGGCUACCUACAUAUUUUGAAGCCUGUAAGACCUGGCACGGAAAAUCAGCAGAGGUUUCCAAAGUCUGGCGAAACAAAGGGAAUAAGUACUUUCAACUCAAGCAGUACAAAACUGCAGUUGAUGCUUACACUCAGAGCUGCCUAAAUGCACCUGUUGGCUCAGGAGACAACUUAGCACUCGCCUUCGGAAAUAGGUCAGCUGCUCUCUUCCAUCUAGAGCUUUACAAGGAAUGCUUGCUGGACAUUCAGCGUGCAACAGAAUCAGGUUUCCCUGUAGAUUCUUUUCACAAGCUACUGUCUAGAAAAACCAAUGCACUUCUCAGGCUGGGACAGAUGGAGCAAGCUGAACAAAGUUACCAGAUGCUAAAAGAGUUUGUUAAUGGAAAUCAGUUCAGUCUCAAUGGGAGUAGUAAAGAAGAGUUUUUGAAAGAAGUUGCCUGUCUGGCUGCUCAGUUUUCAGAAAGAAAGAGCUCUAUCAUUGAUCAUCCAGCACCAGCAGCUGCCAGGCCUAGUGUCUACAUUGGAAUCAACUUGAUAGUGUCACAAGCAUCAAAAGCUCUCACACUGAACGUCACGCCAGAGAAAGGAAGACAUCUUCUGGCAAAUAGAUUUAUACCUAAGGGAUCAUCAAUUAUUGUUGAGCGUCCAUUCGCUGCAGUCCUCCUUCCUGAUCAGUAUGAGAAUCUUUGCCAUCAUUGUUUUUCAAAGCUUCCCGUGACAUCCAUUGGGUGUGACCAGUGUACAUAUGUUCGAUUCUGCAAUGAAGUGUGUAAAGAAGCCUCAUGGACUUCCUACCACAAGACAGAGUGUCGCUACCUGGAUCUUUUACACUCUGUUGGUAUUGCUCACUUGAGUCUCCGUAUCAUUCUGUGUGCACAACUUCCAUUUUUAAAAGACUUCCUGCUUAAUAACCAAAAAUACAGACUUUCUGAUGAUGUGCUGGCAAAGGGACUUAAUCAGAAUGGCAAGUAUGACAGAAGUUAUAUCAGUGUGUAUGAUCUUAUGACCCAUGAGGAGAACACAGAGCCCCUGGAUAUGUUACAAUAUACUUUGACAGCUGCUUUAUUAUUGACAACAUUAAUUCACUCAGGAGUGUUUCACCAAGUGGAUGCUUCAGGUGAUGCGAAAUGUGUCAGCCACUCUUUGAUUGACUUUAUGUUGGGAAUGAAACAAGCUUCAGAUUCUACAGAAAAACUUCCAGCAGACAUUUCAGAUGUUGGUGAUUUGCUCCUGAGACACAUUCUGCAACUGGUCUGUAAUGCUCAUGCCAUCACAAGUCUUCAAGCUGUGUCAAGGCCAGAUGAAGUCUCACAGACGCAUGACACAGAGCAGGUCAGGAUAGCCACCGCCAUCUAUCCAACAGCAAGUCUAAUGAAUCAUUCCUGUGAUCCUACCAUCAUUUCCAGUUUCAUUGGGGACACACUGAUAGUUAGAACUGUCCAAGAUGUUAACAGUGGGGAAGAAAUUUUUAACUGCUAUGGUCCACACCACUGCCGCAUGAGGCGAGAGGAACGACAGGAAAUAUUAAAAUCUCAAUAUCACUUUGACUGUUUCUGUACCAGAUGUUCCAGUGGGGACUCUUGUAAUGAAAGGUUUUCUGCUCUCAAGUGCUCUUCUUGCGGUGGAGUUUUGUUAAAGACAAAUACCUGUGCAAACUGUGGACAGACUCUAGAUGGACAGACUUGCGCUGAGCUGAAAAAGAAACUAGACAUUACAGGAGCACUGUUCUCUCAGGGUGUUCACAUGAUGUCCAGGAAACAAUUUGAGGAUGCUAUUAAGCUUCUUGAAGACUGCCUUAGACAGCGCCAAAACAUUCUCUAUCAAGAUCACAAAGAUUUGGCUUUAGUUCAAGAUGCUCUUGCCAGAUGCUACGCAAGUACAGGUGACUUCAGCCAAUCAGCCGACCAUUUGUACUCCAGUAUCAGCUUUGCUCGACAGAUGUACGGAGACAAAAGUGUGGAGUACUCCCAUGAGCUACUCAAACUGGCCGAGGUCUUGUUCAACGCUGAGAGGUUCACAGAGUGCUUAACUAUAGCUGAGCAGUGUUUAGCUUUGUUCUCUAGUCUGUAUCCAUCAGGUCACGAGAAUAUUCAACAAGUCAUGGAGCUCAAAGUUGCCACCCAAUUGGCUCUGGCACCAAUGAUGGAAGCCCACACACAGGAACAAUAAUCUCUAUCAAGAAUUUAAAGUGGUUACACCACCUAAGGGGAUCAUAGAAAACGUUUGAAGUCUAGAGGUGCUUUCUUGUCAUGAGGGAAUCUCUAUUAAUUUGUUUUGCUUAAUACUUGAGAUUUUAACUCUACUUUGGGUACACACAAGAAGUCCUUUUUGUGAGAAACUGUAGGAUGUGAAAUCACCUCUUACAAUAUGAAAAGAACACACUAUGAAUUUCUCUUUAUAUUUACUAGUUGCUAUUUUACAAACUUUUAAAUAACAAAGAUAUUCAUUUACUGCAAGUCAGUGGUUUUGCUUUAAUUGUGUUUAUGUUGAGUGGUAUGUGUGAGGAUGUUGCUAAGUACUGAUGAAAACAAAACAUUAUAUUGUUGAUACAAAUUUGUUUUAAAUCUUUGACUAUAUUUCAUUGAAUAAAUAUUAUCUUACAA